AAGCAGAGGAGAAACUCUGCCGCCAUAUUUUUCUUUCUUCAAGAUUGCAACACGUGUCCUCUCUGUAAAUUCAAAAACCCUAAUUUCAAAAAACUCUACCUUUCUCUCUCUCUCUCUCUCUCUCUCUCUCUGAUGUUAGCGAUUCGAUCAUCGAAUCACUUCCGAUGCAUUUCUUCUCUCUGCACUAAAACUCGAUUCUCCUCCGUAUUAGUCUCUCUCAAUCGCCAAGUUUCCCCCUUUCCCUCCUCCUCGCGCCUCCACCACAGAGCAAUGUCUUCUUCUCGCCCCUCUGCAUUCGACGCUCUCAUGUCCAACGCUCGCGCUUCCGCCAAGAAGAAAACGACUCCCCAAGCUUCCAAUUCAUCUCCCUCCCCGAACAAAAGAAAAAUCUCGAAAACCCAAGACGCCGAUUCGCCAAAGGCGGAAGCUUUUUCCGAUUCCCCCAAACCCAGAUCAGAUUCGCCGUCAAUUGCGGAAGAUUUGAAGAAGGGAGCGAAAACCCAAGACGCCGAUUUGACAAAGGUGGAGGCUUUUUCCGAUUCGGCUAAACCCAGAUCGUCAAUUGCGAAAAAGUCUAGGACUUUGAGUCAGACGGAUAAAGUCGACGAAUUGAAGAGUAGGAUUGUGUUGCUGAAGAGGAAGCCUGGCGAAUUCGAUCCGGAGAGAGUGGCGUGUUGGGAGAAAGGGGAGAGAGUUCCGUUUUUGUUUGUGGCAUUGGCGUUUGAUUUGGUAUCAGCUGAGAGUGGGAGGAUUGUGAUUACUGAUAUUUUGUGUAACAUGUUGAGGACUGUUAUUGCCACCACUCCUGAUGAUUUGGUCGCUGCUGUUUAUCUUGCGGCGAAUGAGAUUGCUCCUGCUCAUGAAGGGGUGGAGUUGGGGAUUGGUGAAGGUUCUAUUAUUAAGGCCAUCUCUGAAGCUUUUGGUAGAACUGAGGCGCAGGUUAAGAAGCUGAAUACGGAACUGGGAGACUUGGGGCUUGUAGCAAAAGGAAGCCGUUCGUCUCAGACUAUGAUGUUCAAGCCAGAACCAUUGACUGUUGUCAAGGUUUUCAAUACUUUUCGACAAAUUGCUAAGGAAAGUGGGAAAGAUAGUACAGAAAAGAAGAAGGAUCGGAUGAAGGCACUUCUUGUGGCAGCUACAGACUGUGAACCUCUCUACUUAACUCGUUUACUUCAGGCAAAAUUGCGGUUAGGGUUCUCAAAUCAGACUGUCUUAGCUGCCUUGGGACAAGCAGCUGUUUAUAAUGAAGAACACUCAAAGCCACCCCCAAAAACCAAGUCUCCUUUAGAGGAGGCUGCGAAGAUUGUUAAGCAAGUAUUCACUGUGCUUCCUGUGUAUGACAUUAUAGUUCCUGCUCUUCUAACUGGUGGUGUGUGGAAUCUUCCUAAAACUUGUAACUUCACACUUGGUGUUCCUAUUGGACCAAUGCUUGCAAAACCAACAAAAGGUGUAGGCGAGAUAAUUAAUAAAUUCCAGGACACAGUUUUCACAUGCGAAUACAAAUAUGAUGGAGAACGUGCACAGAUACAUUGUAUGGAGGAUGGUACAUUCGAGAUAUAUAGUCGAAAUGCUGAAAGGAACACUGGAAAGUACCCUGAUGUUGCUCUUGCGUUAUCAAGGUUAAAGAAGCCCUCUGUGAAAUCUUUUAUCCUGGAUUGUGAGGUUGUUGCUUUCGAUAGAGAGAAAAAGAAGAUUCUUCCGUUUCAGAUUCUGAGCACUCGAGCGCGUAAGAAUGUGAACGUCAAUGAUAUCAAAGUUGGCGUAUGCAUCUUUGCUUUUGACAUGUUAUAUCUAAAUGGACAGCAACUUAUCCAGGAAAAUCUUGAUAUUCGCCGAGAGAAGCUGUACGGAUCAUUUGAGGAAGAUCCUGGAUAUUUCCAGUUUGCAACUGCUCUAACAUCCAGCGAUAUCGAUGAAAUACAAAAGUUUCUUGACGCUUCUGUUGACAUUGGGUGUGAAGGGUUAAUCAUUAAAACAAUGAAUUCAGAUGCGACAUAUGAGCCUGCAAAGCGAUCGAAUAAUUGGUUAAAACUGAAGAAAGACUAUAUGGACAGCAUUGGGGAUUCUGUGGAUCUUGUACCAAUUGCUGCUUUCCAUGGACGUGGCAAACGCACAGGUGUCUUUGGUGCAUUCUUACUAGCUUGCUAUGAUGCUGAUAAGGAAGAGUUCCAGAGCAUUUGUAAAAUAGGUACUGGAUUUUCUGAAGCUGUGCUUGAAGAACGGUCUACGAGUCUUCGGUCCAGAGUGAUUCCUACUCCUAAACAAUACUACCGAGUUGGAGACAGUCUCAAUCCAGAUGUUUGGUUUGAGCCCACUGAGGUCUGGGAAGUGAAGGCAGCUGACUUGACAAUUAGCCCUGUGCAUCGUGCAGCCAAUGGAAUUGUGGAUCCUGAUAAGGGAAUUUCUCUACGUUUUCCUCGUUUACUCCGUGUACGGGAAGACAAGAAGCCAGAGGAAGCAACAUCAUCUGAACAGAUUGCUGAUAUGUACCAAGCUCAAAAACACAACCAUCCAAGCAAUGAAGGCAAAGGUGAAGAUGAUUGAACAAUUGUAAUCUGGUUAUGGAGCUUAUUGUACGCACAAUGUGUGUUUGAGUUUUCUACCUUAACUGCUAAUGAAAACAAAACAGUUUUUAGAAUAAGUUAAUUCGAGGUCUGGAAUAUGUAGGUUUACAGUAACAGGAUGGUUGGCAUGGUAUGUUAAGAAAAUCAAAUAAUCUUUUCUUAAUUAAAAAAAAUCACAUAUACG